AUGUCCAUAAGAAAUAGAGAUAAGAAUUAUAUGAGUCAUGUUAAUUCGGGUAAACAUAACAUGAAUAAAAUAUCAAAUAAUAAUAGUAAUAUAAGUAAUAAUAAUUAUUCAUUAGGGUUAUAUAUUGAUAAUCCACAAAAAGCAUUUCAAUUUGAUGAAAACGAUUUAAUAGAAUUAUUUUCUUAUUAUAAAGGAGCACAGGAUAUAAGGAUUAUACCUGACAAAGCAGCAGCUCAAAUAACAUUUAAUGAUAAAAAUAUGAUACAACAAGUAAAGAAAGAUAUAAAUGGAUUAACUAUUAAUGAUAUUGGUACUAUAAGAUGUAUAAUAUUAAAUGAGGGGAAAGUAAUUGAACAAUUUUUACCUUUCUCAGCAAAUGAUCCAAAUGUUACAUCAGAAAAUGAUAAUUCUGUUUCAAAUAAUGAGAAUACUGUAAAUAUGUUAAAGAAAUUAUCAAGUUUGAUAAAUACAAAUAAUAAUAAUAAUAUAAAUAGUAAUAGUGGGAACAAGAAAAGGGAUAACAUCAAUAAUAGAAUUAAUAAUAUAAAUAAUAUUAAUAAUAAUAAUAAUAAUAAUAAUAAUAAUAAUAUAAAUAGUAAUAGUGGGAACAAGAAAAGGGAUAAUAUGAGUAAUAGAAUUAAUAAUAUAAAUAAUAUUAAUAAUAAUAAUAAUAAUAGUAUUAAUAGUAUUAAUAGUAAUAAUAAUUUUAGUCAAUUAUCCAAUAAUAAAAAUGAACAAAAUGAUAAUUCUUUUGCCAAUAAAAGAUUGAGCAGAAUUGAACUUAUUGAUAUUUUUGGAUUUCCUAAUGAAUUUGAUGUAAUGAAUAAAAUUUUAGGUAAAAACAAUUCAAAUAUAAAUUAUAUUAAUGAACAAACAAAUAAUAUGGUAAAUAUAGAAAUAAAAGGAAAACCAAUAAAUGAAGCUCCAGUAGUUGAGAGAAUGCAUUUAUCUAUAACAUCUGAUAAUUUGAAUGCAUAUAAAAAAGCAAUCGAUUUGAUUAUGAAGUUAUUAAAUUCCCUUUUUCAAGAAUUUGUAGAUUUUUGUCUUGAUAAUAAUUUUGUUUUACCAGAAAAUUUGUCAUUUAAAAGGCAUGAAUAUAUGUAUAAUUCUGAUGGUUCAACUAAAUAUUUAGGUUUUAAAGAAAACAAUUAUGGGGAAAAGGAGAUAUAUAAAAAUGAUUUUUCUUAUAAUAAGAAAAAUAAAAACAUGUCAAAAAAUGACAACGAUAAAAGGAAUAACAACAAUAAUAAUUCAUAUAAUAUGAAUAUAAAUGGUUCAUAUGGUAAUAACCAAAAUGUAAAAAAAUGGUAG